CUAGUUGAUAUAGUUCAACGGAUGAGCCUUAUCACACAAACUCCAAUCAUUCUGUGACUCUUCAAACCAACUCUCUGUGACUCGCAUUCAUCCAACUCUCUCUAGCUAUGUCUACAUCCGAGAACAAAGUUGAGAUAGUCGACAGAGGCCACAAGGAGGAGGAAGAAAAAGAAGAAGGCAAAGGAGGCUUCCUCGACAAGGUCAAAGACUUCAUCCACGACAUCGGCGAAAAGAUCGAAGGCACCAUCGGCUUCGGGAAGCCAACAGCCGACGUCUCCGCCAUCCACAUCCCCAAGAUCAACCUCGAGAGAGCCGACAUCGUGGUGGACGUCCUCGUCAAGAACCCCAACCCAGUCCCCAUCCCUCUCAUCGACAUCGACUACCUCGUCGAGAGCGACGGGCGAAAACUCGUCUCGGGCCUCAUCCCCGACGCAGGAACCCUCAAGGCCCACGGGGAAGAGACCGUCAAGAUACCCUUGACCUUGAUCUACGACGACAUCAACAGCACUUACAACGACAUCAACCCCGGGAUGAUCAUACCUUACAGGAUCAAAGUCGACCUCAUCGUCGACGUGCCCGUCCUAGGGAGGCUGACGCUUCCCUUGGAGAAGCGCGGUGAGAUCCCUAUCCCCAAGAAGCCUAACGUCGACGUGGAGAAGAUUAAGUUCCAGAAGUUUUCUUUGGAGGAGACCGUGGCGAUUUUGCACGUGAGGCUUGAGAACAUGAACGACUUCGACUUGGGGCUGAACGACUUGGACUGCGAGGUGUGGCUGUGCGACGUGAGUAUUGGGAAAGCUGAGAUAUCGGAUUCUAUUAAGCUUGAUAAGAACGGGAGCGGGUUGGUUAACGUGCCGAUGACGUUUAAGCCGAAGGACUUUGGGUCUGCGCUUUGGGAUAUGAUACGUGGGAAAGGGACGGGGUAUACUAUUAAAGGGAAUGUGGAUGUUGAUACGCCGUUUGGUGCUAUGAAGUUGCCUAUUAUUAAGGAAGGUGGUGAGACUCGUUUGAAGAAGGAAGAUGAUGAUGAUGAUGAUGAUGAGGAGUAAGGGAAAGAGCUCAAGAGAGUGAGUGUGUUGAGUACUGAAUCUUCCAUCUUUAAGAAUACGAGUACUGAAUCUUCCAUCUUUAAGAAUAAUGUUUUUAAGUUGAAAACUGAGGACUUGUUUGGUGUGUGCUUUUGAUGACUGUUGGAUCAGACUUAUGAGUAGUGAUGUCUUUUUUAUUGGA